CGGUCUUGAUUAAUUGUCCUGUGUCCACAGUGUCCAGCGAAGCCAUGGCCUCUCGUCUUCCUCUCCUCCUGUUGGUGCUGUGCAGUCUGAAUGUGGCUCAGUCAGAGCUGAAGCUCUUUAACCUGCGGGCCAGCGGUCUUCCCUCUGGCUUGUUGGGAACCACAGACGGCUACACCAAGGUGUUCUGUGGCGGACAAACUCUGGGUACGACAUCCAUCCGUAACGACGAUGCCAACCCCUGGUGGGAGGAGGAGUUCAAAAGCUUAAAGGCGCAUCAGAACGACGUACUGAGGCUCGAGGUUUACGACAGUGACUACCUCCACGAUGACCUGCUGGGUGUCUGCCAGCGUCAGAUCAAGCUGGGAACUCACGAGCACAACUGCUUCCUGGAGAAAGGUGGCACCCUCCAUUAUACCUACACCCUCAGCUGAGACAGUCAUUGAGGCUUUAUAGAUUCAUCUGAUGUAUCUUAACACACAACCUGGAAAAUGAAAGUGUUUUCAUCCUAAUAGGCUGAGUACUGAGAUUCUCUGUCCCAAAUGCGAUACGAUUUGUCAAAAUCAUUUACUUCAUCAUCAUUGAUCUGGUAACUUUGACGCACUAUUUCAUUGGCUGUUUUACCCUGUUUCAAAGGUUGUCAACAAGAAAUAAAUUCUGCUGCAAAAACAAAA